ACGAGCAACAUGGCAACUCCAGCGAUCAGCUGAUGGACGCUGUCUCCCCCGUGAGCGGCGCCGCCACACAGGUAACACCUCAUCACCAAGCAGCUGUCAAGGUGUGCUGGUGUGACACAGCAGCAGUGUGCUGGUGAGGCAGUGGGCGGGGCACCAGUGUGGGCGGGGGUGGGCGUGUGAGGGCGGCCUGCUGUUUCCAGCAUCCCAGCUGAUGCUAAGAUGACCCCCGCAGCUGCUGCUGCUGUUGCUAAUGCCACUGCUGCUGUUGCUGCUGCUGAUGCCGCUGCUGGCUAGGCUCACCUCGCCAUGGUGGCUUGUGGCGCCGCCAGCCGCAGCACGGCCAGGGUAGGCCUACUCGCCUCUUGGCCUAAGUGCACACCAUCCCCGUAUAUCAGCCGUGUUACGUUACUCUUCAAGUAACAUCCACCUCACGUAACAUGCAGUGAGCGCCUCUUGCAACAAUCAUGUUAGAAAAUUGUGUAUUGUGGACUCUCUCAGCAAGAUAACAUUUACUGAGGAUAACUGAACCUCUUAUAGACAAGCUGAGUGAAGAUAGAACAUACGGGUAAGUGCAGGAUGACCAGCUUAUCUGUGUUAUGGUUUCUUUGUGAAGAUAUCAACCUGAGAAUAGCGAAUUUUUGUGAUUUUAACAAUAAUAUCUGGGAAAAAAGUGUGUAGGCGUUUAAGUGUUGCGUGUAGUGAUGCACAGGAAGGUGUUCGUUGUAUGCGUCUCUGAGACGUCACUGUGUACACUUGGCGUCAAGGAACGAGAAAUGCUUUUGAAACUUGUAUUUAAAAUUGCUAGAUCAUUAAAUUUUCCACCGUGAAAUAUGGAAGGUGAGGUAAAUGUGUUAUAAUGUGAAUCAUAAUACCUACCUAUGUAUACUACAGUGUUGUAAUGUAAACCGUGUUUACCUGUAAUGAAAUUUUACUUAUAAAAUACUGGGUAUUAAUUUAGCUGUUAUAAAUUAAUGGUCAGUGAUUUCGUCAAUAAAUAGUGCGACGCACUGUGCUGGAGUUUGUUUUAAGACAUGGCCGCUGACGGAGGCUCAGGUCUCCGUAAGCUGCUGUGUAUACCAUAUUCCAGCCUACAACACAGUAAGGCAUGCCAAGGAUAAUGGGUAUCGAUCAUGGAUAGUGAACAGCCGCAUCAGGAGUUGGUGAAAUGUGUGGUUGUGGGCGACACAGCUGUGGGCAAGACCCGACUCAUCUGUGCUCGUGCCUGCAACAAGAAAUUCUCUCUCUCCCAGCUGCUCAACACACAUGUGCCAACAGUUUUUGCCAUAGACCAAUACAGGAUAUACAAGGAGGUACUGGAGAGAUCAUGUGUGGUAGUUGACGGUGUGAAUGUCUCCCUCCGUUUGUGGGACACCUUUGGGGACCAUGACAAAGAUCGACGCUUCGCCUAUGGCAGGUCGGACGUGGUCCUGCUUUGCUUCUCAGUGGCAAAUCCAGUGUCUUUACGGAAUUGCCGGGUGAUGUGGUAUCCGGAGAUUCGACGGUUUUGUCCUAAUACACCAAUACUUCUCGUAGGAUGCAAAAAUGACCUUAGAUAUAUCUGCAAAGAUGAACAGUACCUCAGUUACUGUCAAGAUCGAUCACCUCUGGUUAGCUUAAGUAGUCUUUAA